GAAAGCCACGCCCAUUCAAUUUCCUCCAAUGAGAUCGCACAACAAUAAAGAUCCGUCCUCUUCAAGAUGGCGAUGUCCUUCGGAACGCGAAGCGUUGUCCUGGCUAACUCUUUAUCUCGGAUUAGCAGUGCGAUCUGCGUUACCCAUGGGUUACGAGCCAUCCAUGCAACCGCUACAUGCUACAAGCACCAUGCAGCCAGGAUCCGUGUUGGUAAAAGGGACAAGCCCGUGACAUACGAACAGGCCCUUCACCCUCAUCAUAUUGCUCAUCGCAAGGGCUGGCUGUCUCAGCACACCAGUAACUUGGAAGGAGAGGCCGGCGCGGCCGAGAGGACGGUGGAGGACGUCUUUAUAAGGCGCUUCAUCUUUGGUACAUUUCACGGCCUCCUGGCUGACGAGUUGGUCAUCAAGCGCAGAGGCAAUGUGUUGGUGGUGUGUGCACUUCUGGUCCAGAAGGUGGGCCCUCAGAAGAUCUACUUCCUUAUAGGCUAUACUGAGGCCCUGCUGUCCUACUUCUACAAGUGUCCUGUGAAGAUGGAGGUACAGAUGGUGAAGGAUAGAGUGGUGUACAAGUACCUGUGAGGGCCAGGCCGGGUCUCCAACCGGUGGAACCCUGGGGUGAUCACCUCCUGGUGACCUGGAAUGCCCUGGAUGUGUGACUGUACUGAAUAAAGAGAAGAUGCUUUGGGGACAAACUCCCAAUGGACAUUCCCAUGGGACAUGUGAUCUAAUAGUCUGAGACCCAUGCAGACUCUCAAAGUGUUGAAAUUCCACAAUAAAUAUCUUGUCCAACUGUUGUG